GGAAUCCGCCCUGUGGAGAAACCAUGGAAGUACGGUGACUGCGGGAAAGGCUUCUGUGUCCCAUCUGCCCUGGAGACUCAUUGGCAGAGUCACACCAGAGAGAGACCCUUUAGCUGCCCUGAGUGUGGGAAGGGCUUUCCCCAGGCCUCUGCCCUGCGGACUCACCAGCGGGUCCACACAGGGGAGAGGCGGUUCCCGUGUCCCGAGUGCGGGAAAGCCUUCAGCAAUUCCUUCAACCUCCAGACUCACAGGCGACUCCACACUGGCGAGAGGCCGUUUUCUUGCUCCGAGUGCAAGAAGGCGUUCAGACAUUCCUCUGACCUCCUGACCCACUGGCGGGUCCACACAGGGGAGAGGCCCUACAGCUGCCCCGAGUGUGGGAAGGCCUUCAGCAAUUCCUCCCACCUGCUGACUCACCAGCGGGUCCACACAGGGGAGAGGCCGUUCACCUGCCCCAAGUGUGGGAAGGGAUUUAGUCAGGUGAGCAACUUGUGGAAGCACCAGCGUCUCCACACUGGGGAGAAGCCCUUCAGCUGCCCCGAGUGCAGGAAGGCCUUCAGCAGUUCCACCACUCUGCUGACCCACCAGCGGAUCCAUAUGGGGGAGAGAUCAUUCCCUGCACCGAGUGUGGGAAGACCUUCAGCAAUUCCUCAAUCCUGCUGAGACACCAGAGGAUUCACACAGGGGAGUGGCCCUUCAGCUGCCCUGAGUGCAGGAAGGGGUUCAGCGAUUCCUCCAAACUCCAGACCCAUCAGCGGAUCCACACUGGGGAGAAGCCCUUCGGCUGCACAGAGUGUGGGAAGGCCUUGACCCGCUCCUCCCACCUGCGGAGGCACCAAGGAGUUCAUGUGCCAUCGCAGGAUGAUUGAAGGAGCAACAACCGAGUGCCAUUAGGGACUGGACUAUCAACCCAGUUCCGGGGACUCCUGAGUUUGAAUCCAGCCGCAGCAGAUCACAGAAUUGGAAUUCGGUCAGACAUCUUGAGUUCAGAAUCUGAUGAAGAAACCGUUUUUGGUGUGGGGGGCCCAUCUGAUUCACGCAUGCUCUUUUUAGGGAAGGAAACUGCCACUGUGGGAAAGGAUUCAUUCAGUCAUCCAGCUGCAUCCUUUAACUAGUCCAGCCUACACAUGACUCCAGAGCCACAGCUGUGUGGUUAACACUAGACUGCCCAGCACCUCCCCUCCCACUCAGCCCCUGGCAGCUAAGCGGGGAGAAACUUACUAGGAGACGGCGUAUGGGUUGAAAUUGCUGAGUGAGGCAAAACUUCCCCCAGGUUACGGCUGUACCAAGGAUCCAAUUACAAAAGGACAACUCGGUGAUGACUAAUAGUAAAGAAAGUGAGGUGGGAUGGGUGGAGGGGUGGGGAGUGAGGAUUAUGCGCAGUUUGACCUUGAGCUGUUUAAAAAGCAGCUACUUUUUCUACACCUUUUUGCUGGGAGAUCUGAAGCUUUAACAAAGUUGGGUCACAAUAAAGAUUGCCUGAACUUACCGUGGGCUCAGACUCUCAUUGAAAGCUUUGAGCUCCAAGAGGUUUUUUGU